AUGCUGGAAAAUAAAGGUUUUCUUGCUUUCCCCUCAGUGAACCGCUUCUGCACGGCCCCUAAUAACAGGACAGGCUUCCUGUGUGACGACAGUGUGACUUGUGUCCCAGCCAGCUGGGUCUGUGACAGAGUCAGCAACUGCAGGAACGGAGAGGAUGAGCAGGAGCAGCUCUGUGGUGACUUGCCCCACAGCCUCCCAGGAUACCUGGUGUUCUACUGCAGCAACCCCAGAUCCUGGGUUUAUGCUGACCAGAGGUGUAACGGGAUGAACGACUGCGGGGACUGCUCUGACGAGACGUGGGGCUCGGCCGCCUGCCCCCCGUGCGGGCCGGGCUGGUGGAGCUGCAGCCCCGUGCACUUCCAGUUCUGCUCCUGCAUCCCCAGGAGGCUGUGCCGGGAUGGAGCCCAGCACUGCCUGGACUGGUCCGACGAGUUCGUCUGCACAGCCUGAAUCCUGGCAGGCUGCUUCCCGGUCACCCUGGAGCCUCAGGGUGCUGCCCUGCCACCUGCUCGGGAAGCUCCAGCCCCAGCAAAUCCUCCCCAGCAGC